AUGGACGCGCUGGGGCCUUCUCUUCUCGGGGACAACCUGCAUUUCAGGGCGGAGCCUGAGGUGCAGAUCUUCGAGCAGCCGAAGCAGCGCGGGAUGAGGUUCAGGUACCGAGUGGAAGGUCGCUCUGCAGGAAGUAUCCCUGGAGAGAGGAGCUCGGACAACAACAGGACCUACCCCAGUAUUCAGAUCCUGAACUUCUGUGGCAGAGGGAAAGUCCGUGUGUCGCUGGUGACGAAGAACGAGCCGUACAGACCUCACCCUCACGACCUGGUGGGCAAGGACUGUAAGGACGGGAUCUACGAGACCGAGUUCGGGCCGGACCGCCGUGUCAUUGCUUUCCAGAACCUGGGCAUUCAGUGCGUGAGGAGACGAGAAGUGAAAGACUCCAUCGUCCAGAGGAUCACGCGAGGAUCCAACCCCUUUAACGGUCAGACCUCACUCUGUCGCCUUUAA